AUGGACCGGUGUUUGAAAGGCGAGUUCGGCCGCUGGGAUCGUCGUCAUUCGAAACAAGAUCAGAUCAUAGAGACUUUACUUAGCAAAGACAAGAUGGAAGAUAAAGAAGACGAAGAAUCUAGUAAAGAGAAAAUAAAUUUUACAAAGCCAGAGAUCCUUAUACCGGCACCAGAUCCUCUAAGUGUACAUUUCAACAAUGUGUGCAACGUCUACAGCCAUUCGGCUCCUAAUUCUCCACUGAACAGACGUAAUCACUAUUCUUUACCGAUAAACUUCAACUCCGAUGAGGAAGAAGAAUACGAACUUGAAAAUGAGGAACUGUCGGAUAAAACCAACGAUGAAGAAGAAAAUGACACCUCAGGAUCAUCAAAUUCUGACACUGUUACAAUUCGUCUGCAUCCCCCCACUCCCAAAGUUAGGAGUAUCCACGGCGAUACACUCAACGUUGACAGUUAUUGCUGCGAGAAGCUGCGAACGUGCAAUACUCAAAAUGUUAUUAGUUUAAGCGUCCCCAGCCAAACUAACACAAAAACAGAACAUUUGAAUGGACACAUUAAUUUCCGGAGCAGCAGCAGUAGCAGCAACUGCAGUAACAAACAAAUCAUCAACUCGCUGGCAAACGGUACCAGCUUCCAAAGCGUGUCUCAAGCCAGCACUUCUCCAGUCCCAGAUUUCCUGAUUUCUAGCGAAGGGGAACUGACUCUCGAAGAGACUGACGACACUCUAGAAGACGUUCCCAGAGAUCAACAGAUGAAGCUUCGUCGCCCAAACCAACUCCAGUCUCACUACCGGUUUAACAGAACGCCGUCUCCUAGCAACCAAUACCACGAUUCCCACUACAAGUCCAAAAGAACUAAUAGAAAUACAUUCCGGAUCCAUCGAGGAAAAGAUUCCGUUAAACAUAUCCUGUCCUCAAAAACUGCUUCAAAUGAAAGGAAAGCUUCUAAAGUAUUAGGAAUAAUUUUCAUUGUGUUUGUAAUUCUUUGGACACCGUUUUUUGCUGUUAAUAUAAUUAAUGCGGCAUGUGAAACAUGUAUGGACAAUUUUAACAAAGAAUUGAUGUCACUGUUUCUAUGGAUGGGCUAUAUUGCAUCUCUUGCCAACCCGAUAAUCUAUACCAUGUUCAACACGGCUUUCAGGCGGGCGUUCAUUAAAAUACUGACGUGUAAGAUACGGCGGUCGUUUAGGAGUGCGACAUGUGAAUCACAAUAUAUGAGUUACACCACCAUGUUGGCGAGUGAAAGGCGGAACACUGUCACUGUUGUACUAAGGGACGAGUCAAGAUAG